GUCUCCCACCAAUUUCUUCAGCUUUUUUACAGAUCACAUAUAGAGAGCAUACUGUCCUUCUCGUAUAUUUGUUUUUACAACAGUUUGUCGGUGAAGGACAAGAGCAGCCUACAUCGUGUGGUAUCCACCUGCUCCAAAGUCAUUGGGUCAACUCAGAGUUCUCUACAGACUCUGUAUAAUAGGCGGGCUCUUCUGAAGGUGUCUGCCAUCCUCCGUGAUGACAGGCAUGCUCUGUCGACAGAAAUUGUCCAGCUCCCGUCGGGCCGCCGAUGUUGUGUGCCUGCAUGCAGGACAAACAGACUGCGGCUGUCUUUUGUUGUUUCAGCCGUGCGACUUUUGAAUGGGUUAUGAAUGAGAUAUGAAUAGUUUUGUGCAUGCAGUUGUGUAUGAAUUUUUUUUUUUUUUUUUUUUUUUUUGAUCGAGCUGCACCAGAAUUGCCCUCUGGGACAAAUAAAGUUUUAUCUUAUCUUAUCUUACCUUAUCUUAUCUCAUCAACCACGUUUCGUUAAAGACUGAAGACCCAUCCGUUUCUUUCAAAACAGUCUUAAACAACCAAGAAACACUUCUGUCUAAAUUUUUUACUUUCCUGGUGUUUUACAUAUUUGUUCACUUUACUUUUUCUUCUUUUGUUUUUUUUCUGCACAAUGAGCAUUCUUCUGAAUGGAUACCUGCGCAUUACAAAUCGACAUCAUCAUAUCUUAACUAGAUCUAUGUGAGAAAAUAGCAUCGCGCAGUGAUCUGACAUAGGGCAAAGUUCACAUCCGUUAGUUGUCGCUUUUGGGAGAAUAUCUGAGUCAUCAAGGCGUAGAAUGAGUUUAAAUGCUGUACAUUUGCACCUGACUGACAAUAACUUUAUAUUUAAACAGUAAUCUUAACAUUGUUCUCCCUUUUAGAUUUAGACUUUCUACGAAAAUGUGGGAUCUACUGCAAGUACGAGCGGUCACUACACUUCCGCUGUGAUAACGGAAAAGAUCGACAACAGACAAGUCUGUGAAAUUUAACCUCUCAUUGCGAAGAUUCCAAUCCGCAUUCAUUUUAGCCUGUAAGCAAGUCACUGAGAUGGCAUCUACAGCAACAUCCAGCCCCUCAUCUUUCAAACUUGCGCUGGUCAGCUGCUUGAUAUUCCUUGGUCUGCUCCUUUGCUGCAACUCAAAAUCUGAUACAACAACUCAAAAGGACUUUAUCAUCUCAUGUCAGGGGGACUAUUUGAAAGACACAUUAGGAAUUAUAACAUGUGUGUUUGAUUUCCCAAAAGUAGGCGACAUGUGCAACCGGCCCCGGAAUGUCUUAAGUUUUUAGUCGAUAACGACCCUAACCCUAAAUGCCUAAUUCCAGAAUUGUCUAAACUAAAUGAAUUGCAAAGGUAAGGCUAGAGGAGAUGGAAUCGUUGUUUGUGAAGAUAAUGGUAACACUGGUCACAUUUCAUUGCAAUUUUAAUGCAACUGAAAAAUUUCAAGGAAGAAAAGUACACUGUGAGAUACCAUGCACUAGUCCUGCCAACGAAACCAAAAAAUAUACGAAGCUCGUUACCUCAACAUGCGAUAUGAACAUUGUGUCAACAACACUGCCACCAAAACUGCCACCAACACCCCAGGCAAAGAAAUCAUUUCCCACACUAUUGGCAAUCCUCAUUGCCACUUCCUUGGCUGGUAUAAUUGGAUUAAUGUUGUGCUGCGUGUGUAGAAAGCGUCGCAAGGACAAACGUGAGGCCGAGCAAAAUCGAGAAAGUAAAAGGCCGGGAACUCGAGGAAAGACAGACCUACCGACACAAACAGAGCUAUCGCAAUGGACAUCGACAGACGCAACAGAAUCGACGGGCAUAACGUCAGAAACAUCAGUGACAGAUAUAGAGGGAGAAACAGCAGUUUAAGAAGAAGCAGAGGGGGAGAAAAGAAUCAGAGCUAUAAAAAAAAAUCACCAGAAGAGAGGAAGAAACUUGAUCACAUGAGAACAGAAUACUGAAUUUUGAUGGUUACUGAUUUGAUUUUACACAAAUUUUUAUGAGUUCUCGGCAUGUGGUAAUGAGGAUAGCACACAAAGCAACGAAAUCUAGUGUGCAUAGAUCGUUUUAAAAUGUUAAAACAUAGUUUUUUUGGAACUUUUAACCAUCAGUAGCAAUGACAGUGUCCAAAAUGACAAAAAGAAACACUGCAACCAUAUUUAGUCGCAUUAAUUUGUUAGUUGUUCUUUAGACAAUACCUUUGCUUUUACGCUUUAACAGACUCCCAAAGUUUUUCUACGAAUUUUUUUCUUUUAAAAACAAAAUUAAAAAAAAUAGCGAAUCAAUCUCUUCUAAAUGUAAAUAUUUCAGAUAUAGUUAUAUGAGUUAUCUUAACAAAUAUUAACAGCUUCGGGUGUUGUUUUUUUUUUUUGUAAUAUUUAUCACCUUGUGUUGGUGGUUGUUACAAUUUGAUAAUUGCAUAAUGGUUAAAGUAAAGAAAUGAGAAAUGGUGAUUUAUUCGUAACAUUUGGUCACACAAAUAAUAAAAAGUCUUAUUUCAGUUUUUGUAAACAUACAUUUUCGGAAUGAAAAUUUUUGGUAGAUCUAUCAGACAUGGACAGUAUACUAUCAACUCAUCUUCAUCUAUGUAACACAUAGAGUACAUCUUACUUAUAUUAUUGACAGAAUAUCUUAAAGCAUGUGACUUAAGGUCUGAAAGUCCAAAUCAAAGUCGCACUAAUGCUUUUCUAGUGAAUCUAUUAAUAUUUAAAUUAAAAUACAUCUCCCUGUGUGUCACAGAUUUAACUGAUAUAAAAACUAAAUCUGUCACUAUCAUAUAAUUCCAUUCUUGCCAGUGACAAUCAAUUAUCUUUUGUUUAAAAACAUUUAAUAAAAUUGUUUACUGCUUUCACUCUAUUUAGCCAAACAUGUCUAAAACAACACCUAAAUACAAGUAGCCUGAUCUCAGACAUCCAGGUUUUGCUUCCCAUUAUUGUCCCCUCGUUCUAAAAUUUGAUAGUCCUCCAUGGAAGUCUGUGUUGCUCCAUACUUUUUUGUUCAAUAUCUUACAC